AGCCUCACUCUUCCACAGCCUUCAUGUCUGACAACACAGAGGGAAGAGGAAAAGGGAAGAAGAAGGAAACUGACUGACUGACUGACGCCUCCUUUUUUUUUCUUUCUUCUUCUUCUGACUCUUCUGACGCACCGGGGAACUUUUUGUCCAUGUCACAAGCAAAACCUGAGGCCAGGACAGGACAGGACAGCCACCAGCCUGCAGCAGCGUUCUCUGCGUUUUCCACGGAUUAAUUUAACCAGAUUCGACCGGGAUUCGACAGCCUGGUUAUGGAUUUUAACCUGCUGACGGACAGUGAAGCUCGCAGCCCGGCGCUGUCGCUCUCCGACUCCGGGACCCCGCAGCACGACCCGGGGUGUAAAGGCCAGGACACCAGCGACACCGAGAAAUCUCACCACAACCAGCUGGACGAGUCCAGCGCCGAGGACAGCUCUCUGAAGAAGAAGCAGCGGCGGCAGAGGACUCACUUCACCAGCCAGCAGCUCCAGGAGCUGGAGGCCACGUUCCAGAGGAACCGCUACCCCGACAUGAGCACCAGGGAGGAGAUCGCAGUGUGGACCAACCUCACGGAGGCACGGGUCAGGGUUUGGUUCAAGAACCGACGUGCCAAGUGGAGAAAGCGGGAGAGGAACCAGCAGGCGGAGUUGUGCAAAAAUGGCUUCGGCGCCCAGUUCAAUGGACUCAUGCAGCCUUACGACGACAUGUACACGGGCUACUCCUACAAUAACUGGGCCACAAAGAGCCUUGCAAACAGCCCGCUCUCCGCUAAGAGCUUUCCGUUCUUUAACUCGAUGAAUGUAAGCCCCCUGUCAUCCCAGCCCAUGUUCUCCCCCCCCAGCUCCAUCCCCUCCAUGAACAUGGCCUCGAGCAUGGUGCCCUCAGCGGUCGCUGGGGUCCCCGCCAGCGGGCUCAACAACCUGGGCAACCUCAACAACCUCAACGGCCCCGCGGCGCUCAACUCGGUAGCAGUGACGGCCGCCACUUGCCCCUACGCCACCACGGCCAGUCCCUACAUGUACAGAGACACCUGCAACUCCAGCCUGGCCAGCCUGCGGCUCAAGGCCAAGCAGCACACCAACUUCGCGUAUCCGGCAGUGCAGAACCCCGUGUCCAACCUGAGCCCCUGCCAGUACGCGGUGGACCGGCCGGUAUGAAGAAGCAGCUCCGACAUAUGACCCCCUGACCCAGCCGACCCGGAUGCAGGUCCACUGUUACCCGACUUCACAACUCUUCAGCUCCAUCUCUAAGCUACCGGAUGUGCUGCAGACUGGCAUGUUUUGUUGGUGCGCCGUGAGAAUGGUCGUCACACAGACAUGCCCAGAUGGACCACCGCACUUCGCAGGGAUUCUGUCUCCCGUGUGUGAGACUGUCACUGAACUGACCAACUGCUUCAAAGGAUUUCUAAAGGUUAUUAUCCAUUAUCAUUUUUUAAUUUUUUUUUUUUUUGUUCCUUCUUUUGAACUGCAUGAUUAGAGUUAACGUAGAAACCAAAGGGCAAUGAAAACAUGGAUGCUUCAACUGGACUGGUGGUCAACAUCUUGGCCCAAGAACAUCAAAUGUGAUCUUUGCUACGGUCGCAGGGGAAGGGACCUGUGGUAACAAUGCGGGAGACGUGGAGGAUGUAUAUAAUGGACUUUUUCUGUUUUGUAUGUGACGAAAAAAUAUAUGAAAAAUGUAGUACUUUAAAGAUGAGAGAAAGCAUGUUCUUCAAAAAGCAAAGGGCCCUAAGUCGGUGUACUCUGAGCACAUCCUUGAGAAGAUUUAAACUUUGUUGUGAAUUCCUCACCCCUUGCAAGGUCAUAGGUCAAAAGGUCUAGUCUGGUGGGUGAGAGGAGGGCAAUACUGGAAAGUGAACACACCCUGGAGCAGUCUAACACAAACCCCCCCCCGACAAUUUACACACACACACACACACACACACACACACAUACCAGAAUAUCAGCAAGAUUCUUUAAGUAAAGCUCUAAAAAGCCAUUGAGUAUAUAGAUUUGUGUGGUGUUAUACUGUACAAAGGGAGUCCAUGACUGUAAAAAAAAAAAUGUAUGUAAGAGUGCAGUUGUUAUGAGAAGAAAAAAAAAAUAAUCAAGCUUUUUUUUUUUUUCCCUGGUGUAGCCUGCUUUGUCUCAUUAAAGAACCAAUUAAAAGAUCCGUUUUUAUGAA